AUGUCUUUACCCAUUAAUUGUUUUUGGUCUCUUUUAUCAUUAAGAGACCUAAGUUUCGUUUAUAUUUCUCCUUGGUUAUCUAAAGCUCUUGGUCCUAACCAUGACUCUUUAUUGGGUACUUCGGUUUUUGACUACUUUCAUCCUCAAGAUCGUGAGUUGGCGCGUCGCGACUUAAAGAGAUUACAAUCUCAAAUUCCUUCAAAUAAAGGAAUGAAUGUAGUUAGUCAUGAUAUCGUUCUUGCUUGUUUUCAUCCUGAUGAUGAAAACAAAUCAUUACCUAGUGGUAAUAAUCUUUCGCCAAAUCGUAUUUUUCAAAUAUUAGAUAGGAAUUCCAGGAAUUUAAUUUUCACUUGGCCUGAUCCAAGUUUUGUUCCUGGUACUGAUAUCCCUUAUGAUAAGGAUGAAUUCUCUAGAUUAUUACAAAAUUAUUCUAUAAAUCAUUGUAAUUUUAUAAGUGGGAAAGAUAGGGUUGAUACUCAAUCCCCUAGUUGUAUGAGACCAAUUUCUAACAAACAUACUAUGAUUUCAACUUGUGGAAAAUCCCAACAAGUCGAAAGCGUUAUGAUUCCUUAUGGGAUCAUUAUUUUCGCUUGUUUUCAAAUUUUACCUUUGACUUCUUCCGUUUCAUUCGCUUCUCCUCCUUACAAGCCUCAAAAAUCUUUGUCUGCUCCUUGUUCUCCUCCUACCACGAAUGGUACGACUAAAAGGCCAAGAUCUCCUAAUUCUUCUCCUGGUUCUUUAUCUCCAACUUAUUACUCCGAUUCGGGUAGUAAUGGUGCUUGCGGUUAUAAUUCUGGUCAUCCUUAUCAUCGUCAAGAAUUAUCGGAAUUUAUUGAUCCACGAAGAUCUUCAAAACGAAUUCGUCCAAAUGAUAUCUCUCCUAUACCUCAUCACCUACCGAAUCCGGUUUCUCCUCAUGAUUCACCUGUUUAUCAAGACCAAUAUCCAUUCCCUUCAAUGUCACAAUCUCACAACGAUCAAAAAUUACCAACUAUAUCACAUCAACAAAUGUAUUUUGCUCAACAACAACAACAACCUCAUCAAUAUCCAUCAAACCCACAACCUCCACAUUCACAACAACCUCCACAUUCACAACAACCAUCACAUUCACAACAUCCUCCGCAUUCACAACAUCCUCCGCAUUCACAACAUCCUCCACACUCACAACAUCCUCCGCAUUCACAACAUUCACAACAUUCACAACAUUCACAACAUGUUGUAAAUUCAUAUCCUUCUCCUACUUUCUUACCACAACAUGAUAAUAACGUUAUUCAUCAACGUCCUAAUCCACCUCCACCUUCUUCACAACCUCAACCUGGUCCCAAUCAGGGUACAGGUUUCUCCCAAUUUCCUCCAUCACAACGUAGAACUACUCCUGCCAUUAAUGGUACUAAAAAAUGUGAAACUCAACGUGAACAGGAGCAACGGAUUCGAGAACAACGUGAAGGCGAAGAACGUGCCCGUGAAAGAGCUGCUGCUAUCAUGAUGCAACAUGUUAUUGAACCUCCUUAUAAUCAAUAUAGGCCAAACACAAAUAUAACAGUCUCAUGA